AUGAAUUCGGAGGAGUUUCGUAUACACGGCAAGGAAAUGGUGGAUUUUGUUUCGGAUAUGUGGGAAAAUCUCCGUCAAAGGCAACCGUUACCGGACGUCAAACCUGGUUAUAUCAAAGACGUUGUACCCUUCCAUCCACCAUCCGAACCAGAAGAAUGGGAGACGAUUUUCAAGGAUCUCGAGCCCGUUGUCAUGCAA